CGCGACCUAUAGGGUUUCUCAAUCAGGUUGCCAUGGCGAUAGACAGCGGAACCAAGGAGCAGCCGCACAAGGAGCACAGGUCCCGGCAGUCGGGCGCCAAGGCCGACAAGAAGAAGAAGCCAGACGCCUCGCAAAACGGCAAGAAGCCAAACCCAAAGGCUUUCGCUUGCCAAUCAGCCGGGAAAGCCAAGCGUCUUCAGUCUCGCACCGUCGAGAAGCAGCAGCGCCGCCUUCACGUCCCCACCAUCGACCGUUCGUACGGCGAGCCGGCUCCGUAUGUCGUUCUGGUUCAUGGACCUCCGAAGGUUGGGAAGUCUUUGUUGAUUAAGUCGCUUGUGAAGCAUUAUACCAAGCAUAAUUUACCGGAUGUUCGAGGCCCGAUUACCAUUGUUUCAGGGAAGCAAAGGCGGGUACAGUUCGUGGAGUGCCCUAAUGAUAUCAAUGGUAUGAUUGAUGCCGCAAAGUUUGCUGAUUUGGCACUACUACUUAUAGACGGAAGCUACGGUUUUGAAAUGGAAACAUUUGAAUUCCUGAAUAUAUUACAAGUUCAUGGUUUCCCAAAGGUUAUGGGAGUUCUUACACACCUCGACAAGUUUAAAGAUGUAAAGAAAUUAAGGAAAACAAAGCAGCACCUCAAACAUCGUUUCUGGACUGAAAUAUAUGAUGGAGCUAAAUUGUUUUAUUUAUCUGGUCUCAUUCAUGGAAAGUAUGUCAAGCGUGAAGUUCACAACCUGGCGCGUUUCAUAUCCGUUAUGAAGUUUCAUCCUUUAUCUUGGAGAACUGCUCAUCCUUAUGUUUUGGUAGAUCGUUUUGAAGAUGUCACUCCACCUGAAAAAGUGCGUUUGAAUAAUAAAUGCGAUAGAAAUGUCACAUUGUAUGGGUAUUUGCGGGGAUGUAACAUGAGAAAAGGAACAAAGAUUCAUAUUGCAGGUGUUGGGGAUUACAGUUUAGCUGGCAUGACAGGAUUAGCUGAUCCUUGUCCUUUGCCCUCAGCUGCCAAAAAGAAGGGACUGCGUGAUAAGGAAAAACUGUUUUAUGCACCUAUGUCUGGACUUGGGGAUCUCCUGUAUGAUAAAGAUGCUGUCUAUAUAAACAUAAAUGACCACUUUAUCCAGUUUUCAAACCUUGAUGAAAAAGGCGAAGCAACAAAACAAGGAAACCCCCAAGAUGUGGGUGUGGCUUUGGUAAAAUCUCUUCAGAACACAAAAUAUUCGGUUGAUGAAAAGUUAGAGGAGAGCUUCAUUAAUCUAUUUAGCCGGAAGCCCAAUUUAUUAUUGAGUGCUCAUAGUGAUGGAAUAGAUAUUGAUGAAUCACGAGAACAGAAUCUUAUGAUAGAGCCUGUAGAGGAAUAUCAGUCUGGGGAAGCUGUCAAAGGUGAUGGUUCUGCUGAAGAAAGCGAUGCGGAGGAUUCUGAUGGUUCAGAAUCAGAAUCUUUAUAUAAGAAUGAAGCAGCUCCUAAAGAUGCAUCAGAUGCUACUCUUAAAGAUCGCUUGAAAGAACAUGUUGAGAUUCAUGAUGGAAGGUCAAGGCGAAAAGUUAUCUUUAGAAAUGACCUUGAUCAUAACAAUAUGGAGGAUUCAGCUGAAGAGGCUGAAGAAGAAGGUGACGAUGAUGACGACGACAACGAUGACAACAAUAAUGAUGUUGAUAAUCAGGGAUCUUCUGGUUCAGAGUCUUCAGCAGAAGAUGAAGAUGUCCAUGAAACAGAUGAUGAAACCGGGAACAUUGCAAAGUGGAAAGAAUCUUUGGUAGAAAGGGCUUUUUCAAGGCAAACUAUUAACCUUAUGCAACUUGUAUAUGGGAAAUCAACAUCACUGCCAACAACUUCUAGCAAUGAAGAUCAUGAUAGCAGUAGUGCAGAUGAUGAAAGUGAUGAAGAUGAUGACUUUUUUGUGCCAAAAGGCGAAGGAAACAAGAAACAUAGAGGAAUAGAAAGUGGAAACUGGGAUGUUGAGGACUGUUCCAAAUUCACAAAUUAUUCGAAUCUCAAAGACUGGAAAGAGGAAAAGCUUAGAGAGGGUAUUUGUGAUCGUUUUGUCACUGGUGAUUGGUCGAAAGCUUCUCAAAGAAAUCAACCCACAGAAGCUAAAGUUGAAGAUGAUGAUGAUCUUUAUGGUGACUUUGAAGAUUUAGAAACAGGUGAGAAGCAUGGCGGGAAUAAUUCAGAUGACGCAAGCAAUGGUGCAGACCACAAGGAAGAUUCGACCAAAGAGGAGAGAAGGCUGAAAAAGCUAGCUCUUCGUGCAAAGUUUGAUGCUCAGUUUGAUGGAGCUGAGGCAUCUGAAGAGGAGCUUGAUAAUAAACCUGAAGGCAAGUUUGGUCGAGACCAACCCAAAGAAAGUGACUACUUUGACAAGUUGAAGGAUGAGAUUGAACUUCGGAAGCAAAUGAAUAUUGCUGAACUCAAUGAAUUGGAUGAGGCCACCCAAUUAGAAGUAGAGGGUUUUCGGACAGGGACAUACCUACGGUUGGAGGUUCAUGAUGUCCCUUAUGAGAUGGUUGAAUAUUUUGAUCCCUGUCAUCCUAUUUUGGUUGGAGGAAUUGGUCUUGGUGAAGAAAAUGUCGGACACAUGCAGGUCAGGUUAAAGCGGCAUAGGUGGCACAAGAAAGUACUUAAGAAUAACGAUCCCCUUAUUGUUUCUAUUGGGUGGAGGAGAUACCAAACAAUACCAGUUUAUGCUAUUGAGGAUCGCAAUGGAAGGCAUCGCAUGCUUAAGUACACUCCUGAACACAUGCAUUGCCUUGCAAUGUUUUGGGGCCCUCUUGCCCCUCCUAAUACUGGUGUGGUUGCUUUCCAGAAUUUAUCAAACAAUCAGGCACAAUUUAGGAUCACGGCAACUGCAGUUGUGCUUGAGUUCAACCAUGCAUCACGAAUAGUGAAGAAACUCAAACUAGUUGGUCACCCCUGCAAGAUUUUCAAGAACACUGCCCUUGUAAAGGAUAUGUUCACCUCGGAUCUUGAAAUAGCUCGAUUUGAAGGUGCUGCUGUUCGAACUGUCAGUGGAAUCCGGGGGCAGGUCAAAAAGGCUGCGAAAGAAGAAAUUGGUAACCAACCAAAAAAGAUGGGUGGACAACCAAAAGAAGGGAUUGCUAGGUGCACCUUUGAGGACAAAAUUAAGAUGAGUGACAUUGUUUUUUUGCGUGCUUGGACUCGAGUUGAAGUUCCUCGAUUUUACAACCCAUUGACGACGUCCCUGCAACCUCAUGACAAGACCUGGCAAGGGAUGAAAACUACUACUGAAUUGAGGAGAGAACAUAAUAUUCCUAUUCCUGUCAAUAAGGAUUCACUUUACAAGAAAAUUGAAAGGAAGUUGAAGAAGUUCAAUCCGUUGGUGAUUCCCAAGUCACUGCAAGCUGUGCUGCCAUUCGGAACAAAGCCUAAGGAUAUUCCCAGUAGGAAAAGGCCACUUCUUGAAAACAGAAGAGCUGUUGUCAUGGAGCCUCAUGAACGUAAAGUUCAUACUCUUGUUCAGCAUCUCGGAUUAAUACGAAACGAGAAGACGAAGAAGCGCAAGCUAAAAGAUGAUAAAAAGAGGAAAGAAAUUGAAGUCCAGAAAGUCAAAGAAGAACAAGUGUCUAAAAAGCGCCAGAGGGAAGAACGACGGGAGAGAUACCGGGCACAAGAUAAAAUGAAGAAGAAAAUUAGGAGAAGCGCAGAGGACUGAUGGAUGCACAAAUGUUUGAACAUACUACUCUGUUGCUUGGGGAAACUGGGUCGGUGAGCUGACUGAAAAGAAAGAUAAAGUGGUACGCGGAUCACGUCUACAAAUACAGUGAGACUAGGGAUAUCUUUUGCAAUUCGCUGCAUUCGAGUAUUUGAUAGUCUCAGAAACACGACCCAGAUCGGGGGUUCGGACAGUCCCCUUGGAAAGAUAAAACGACGUGUGAGAAUUUUUGAUGUGCAUUUUUGUGCCUUGAAUGUGUUUGUUCUUGGCUUCCUGAAUUAAGUUUUAGGAAGCGAUACAGAUGUGAGUGAUUUGUGAGUAAUGAGACUUGAAUUCGGGUACAAUGUUUUUGUCAAAUGCAGGAUCAAGUUGGAUUGAAAAUUUUGAUUUUAAUUUCAAUCCGCUUUCAAUUAUAAAAAUUUUGAGUUUUGGAGCA